AUGACACUCAUCGGCUUGGGUCGUUCACAAGCACGCUCGUCUGCUACCCGAUUCGCUUUCUCUGCCUCUUCCCUUACAUCUGCUGCUUCGGGCAAUCCUCUUGCCGCUGCCGUCGCCAUGUCACGCUACUCUUCCACCUCGACCAAGAGCGAUGCUCUUGGCAAUGGUCCCAUGUACGAGGGUCAGAGCGCCAUGCCUCACCUGCCCGUACCGGCUCUCGAGCAGACCCUGAAAAAGUACCUCCGCAGCACUGUGCCGCAUCAGACCAGCGAGUCGCUCGCCAAGACCGAAGCUGCCGUUGAAUCGGCACUGACGGGAGCCGAUGCCAAGCUCGUCCAGACGCUCCAGCAGCGUCUUGAGGACCGAGCCACCAAGGAAGGCCGCGAGAGCUGGCUCAGCGAGUGGUGGAACGACGCUGCCUACAUGGCGUAUCGUGAUCCGGUUGUUCCCUACGUUAGCUACUUUUACGCCCACAAGGAUGACAAGACGCGCCGCACCGGUCCCAAGCGUGCCGCUGGUUUGCUCAAGGCCUUCCUCGCCUUUCGCCGAUUGCUUGAGACUGAGCAGCUCGCUCCCGAAAAGGGCAAGACUGGUCCUCUCUGCAUGAGGUCGUACAAAUGGAUGUUUAACUCGAACCGCAUUCCCGAAAAGCCGUCUGAUACGGCAGUCAAGUACGAUUGGCAGGCCAACAACCACCUCGUCGUGCUUCGCAAUGGUCACUUUUACGAGUUUGACCUUGUUCACAACGGACAGGAGCUCAGCGAGGCCGAAAUCGAGUCGCAGCUACAAAAAAUUCUCUCCGACUCUGCCUCGAGCCAGCCCGCUCGCCAGCCCAUCGGUGCUCUUUCGUCCAACAAUCGUGACAAGUGGACCGACUCGCGCAAGGCGCUCGCUGCGCUCCCUGGCAACCAAGAGGCGUUGGAGCGUAUCGACAGCUCGGUUAUUGUGGUCUGUCUCGACGAGAUCGCGCCUCAUAGCCUUGAGUCGACCGCAUGGGGUCUGUGGUGCGGUGACGGCAAGAACCGCUUCUAUGACAAGCAGCAGAUUAUCACAUUUGCCAACGGCAAGUCCGGUUUCAUGGGUGAGCACUCGAUGAUGGAUGGCACGCCCACGCUGCGUCUCAACGACUUUGCCCUCCAAGCGCUGCAAGCUGGCAAAAUCGACCUCGGCAGCUCGAACCGCACUGACCUGCCUGCGCCUAAGCAGAUCCAGUUCAAGACGGACAAGACCGUCGAGGCAAAGAUUGAAGAGAGCAUCAAGGAGUUUAACGACCUCAUGGGACGUCACGACCUUGCAAUCCUCGACUUCCAAGGCUACGGUAAAGGCGCCAUCAAGAAAUUCAAGUGCUCACCUGACGCCUGGGUGCAGAUGGUGAUCCAGCUGGCUUAUUUCAAGAUGUUCGGCAAGCCUUGUCCUACGUACGAAUCAGCGCAGACGCGAAAGUUCAAGUGGGGACGUACCGAGACCAUCCGUUCGGCCAGUGUCGAGUCGUUGGCUUUCUGCAAAGCCAUGGAAUCGCACAGCGCUUCGGAUGCCGAACGAUUUGAAAAAUUCCAGGCGGCUGUCAAGCAGCACCUCUCCUACGCUACCGCCGCUGCUGAUGGUCAAGGUGUCGACCGUCACCUGUUUGGUCUCAAGAAGCUGCUCAAGCAAGGUGAAAAGGUGCCUGCUAUCUACGAGGACCCCGCAUACGGUUUGAGCGCAACGUGGAAGUUGUCCACCUCGCAGAUUUCAUCCGAGGUGUUCGCCUCCUGGGGCUUCGGCGAGGUUACACCGGAAGGCUUCGGAUGUGCUUAUGCCAUCAAGGAGAACUCGUUGACUUUCACCCUCACUUCGCUCAAGCUGGGGGCGGCUGACCUGCGACACUACAUCAACGAGGCUGCCCUGGAGCUGCGCGACCUUCACUUGAGACUCCAGCAGAACGAGGCUCCUAAAAGCAAGGCUUAG